AUUUAGCGUCAUUUUUACACUGUUCAUCUGUAUGCAUCAUUCACAUAGUAGAUUUCUCUGUCUUUUUUCCUUUCGAAGUUUCAACCUCCACCCCGCAGUUGGGACGAAGAAAUUGGCAGAAAAGAAGAGGGUGCAGUAGCCUAGAUUUGCGACAUCUGCACAUAAAUCGCAGUCGUUGUUCGCUUAUUUGUCAUUUGAUAUUUUGAUAAGAAUGAUCCGAUUCAUACUCCUGCAAAACAGGCAAGGAAAGACUCGUCUUGCCAAAUACUAUGUUCCUCUCGAGGAUUCCGAGAAGCACAAAGUCGAAUACGAGGUUCAUCGGCUGGUGGUUAACAGAGAUCCCAAGUUCACGAAUUUUGUUGAGUUCCGAACACACAAGGUCAUCUACAGGCGAUAUGCUGGAUUAUUUUUCUCAAUUUGCGUUGACAUAACAGAUAAUGAAUUGGCAUAUUUAGAGUGCAUCCAUUUAUUUGUGGAGAUAUUGGAUCAUUUCUUCAGCAAUGUUUGUGAGCUAGAUUUGGUAUUCAACUUUCACAAGGUUUAUCUGAUACUUGAUGAAUUUAUUCUUGCUGGGGAGCUCCAAGAAACAAGCAAGAAGGCAAUCAUAGAAAGAAUGGGGGAAUUGGAGAAGCUCGAGUAGGAAUCUUUCUUUUUAUAGUUAAGAGCAUUUAGAGAUUUCAAUUUUCCAUUAUUUCCCACCUCGUUUGUUCCGGUUCUGCGUUUAUUUUGUUUGCUUAUUGGCAAUGCCAGUUCUUCUCUUGUAAUAUUUGAAAAUCAGAGCCAGAAAAUUUCAUACAUGCAUGAUGCAUCUUGGUAUUUGGAACAAUGGAGCUAACCAUUUAUCAAUCAAAACUGUUAAAUUUGGGUAGGUUUAACUCACCCCAAAAGCUAGCU